GCGGCAGUUCAUCCUACGGCGUGACCACAUCUGCCGACAUGUUCUCUGCGGUGCUAAAGGUGUGUCUCCUGGCAGCCGCCGCUCUAGCUCUGCCUGGUGGCUCUGGGGGCGGUUUUGGCGGUGGAUACGGAGGCGGCGGCGGCGGAGGUGGCGGCGGUGGAGGCUAUGGUGGAGGUGGCGGCGGCGGCUUUGGUGGAGGUGGCGGCGGCGGCUUUAUUGGUGGCCAUGGAGGAGGUGGCGGUGGUGGUGGUUACGGCGGCGGCUAUGGAGGCGGGGUGUCUGUACCCAUCCCUUACAACUACGAAUACGGCGUCUCGGCGGGCAACACCAACUUCGGCCACAGCGAGAGCGGUGACGGUCGCGGCAAUGCCCGCGGCGGCUACUGGGUCAACUUGCCCGACGGUCGCGUGCAGAAAGUUGACUACCUGGCUGACGGCAGCGGCUACCACCCGGUGGUGACCUACGAGGGCACCGCCGUCUUCCCCGCCAGCAGUGGCGGAUAUGGAUACCACUGAGGCGGCCAUGAAGCUGGCGUCAGUGUCACGUUCUGUAUCACACUGUACUGUACCAUACAUAUCCUCGCAAUGGUUAUUACCUCUUGUCAAAUAAAAGAACAUCAAACUAAUAA